GGGACCUGGCGGGGCUCAACCGCGCGGUGCAACCAAUGGGAGGGCGGGACGCUCGUGACGUCAGAAGGCGGAAGUGGGGCACUGUCAGUGGCGGCGGCGACGGCGGUGGCGGAAUCAUGGCGGCGUUUCCGGGACAGGGCUGUCCCGGUGCCGGGCCGUAUGGCAGCGGGCCCGGAGCCCCCUACGGACACCCCCCGGUGGGGCCGCCCCCCCAGGUGAGUCCAGGCUGUGCCCCCCCCCCGGGCGUGGAUCCCGAAGCCUUCGCCUGGUUCCAGGCCGUGGAUGCGGACGGCAGCGGCCACAUCUCGGUGCGGGAGCUGAAGCAGGCGCUGCUCAACUCCAACUGGACGGCGUUCGGCGACGACACCUGCCUGCUGAUGAUCAACACAUUUGACAGGACCCGCUCCGGCCGCAUCGACGUCUACGGUUUCUCAGCCCUGCUGCGCUUCAUCCAGCAGUGGAGGAACCUCUUCCAGCAGUUCGACCGCGACGGCUCGGGCUCCAUCAGCUUCAGCGAGCUGCAGCAAGCCUUCUCCCAGCUGGGCUACAACCUCAGCCCCCAGUUCAGCCAGCUGCUGCUGGCCCGCUACGCCCCGAGGUCUCCCGAGCCCAGCAUCCAGCUCGACCGCUUCAUCCACAUCUGCAUGCAGCUGCAGAGCACCACCGAGGCUUUCCGCGAGAAGGACACGGCGCUGCUGGGCAACGUGCGCCUCAGCUACGAGGACUUCCUCACCAUGGUGGUCACCCGCAUGUUGUGACCCCCCCGGGACCCCCCCAGAGCCGUGCUGGUGCCUCCUGAUCCCAAUCCCUGCGGUGCCACCCCACGGUUCUGCUGCCAAGAGGUGUGACGGCCAAACCAGGAGCCAGCCCGUGCCAUGCCUGCAGGGACCACCUGGAUUUUCCCUUUCCAGACCCAAAAUCCUGCGGGAAGCCAGGGCCAGCUCCUUGCCAACGUUUCCUAAUUUUCUUUCUGCCCCUGGAAGCCGGGCGGGGGAGCGGUGCCAGCCUCGUUGUGCAGCUCUGGAAUAAAGCACCCCACGCGCUGCGCUCCUGCCUGGGAUGGUUGUGGGGUGCUGGCCCCCCCAAAAAAACACGGGGGGCCAUGGAUUUCCCAUACCCACAGCCCUGGUGUUGCCCCAGGCAGGAGGAAAGUUGUGGGGCUGCCUGGGCUGUGAGGCACCGCUGUGGGACGCCUCCCUUCGCUUCCAUAAAAUUCAUUCUUUACCUUUUUUGUCCUAAUUUACGGCAAAAGCCGUGCCCUGCUGCCCUGCUGAGGCACAGCCAGAAAGCAGAGGUGAGCAGCACGAAGCCUUCCCCUGCUCCGGGACUGACAUCCCUGCAAUUUUGGGUUUAAUUUCCCUUAAUGGGAAGCAGCUCGGAGCGGGGUGUGAGGGCCGCGUUCCUUCCACAUAUUUAAAGGAUUUUUUCUACAAAAAGGGAGAUUUUCGAGCACCGUAAGCUCUGAUUCCCUCAGAAGCACCGCCUGGGCUUCGGGAUUUUUCUAACCCUCAGCCAAAGGUGUGGGGCUGCUGCAGUAA